AUGCAUUUGCCCCAAGGAGCAUUAAGCUUUCUGUUCAUCACUUGCAUGAUGUUCGCACUGGCAGGCGGUCAUCCAUCAAGCGACAAGCUGAAGAUCCGAAUACACGUGCCGGUGAAGCACCACACACAUGUGCACACGAAGACGGUCAUUAAGAAGGUUCCGCUGCCCAUUCCGGUGCCGGUCAAGGAGCACCACCACGAGCCGAAGAAGCACCACAGCAGCCGCAGCCACCACCAUCACCAUCACCACGAGGACGACCAGGACGACGAUUUCGAGGGCUACGAGUACCCCAUCAAGGCCAAGCGGCGCACGCGGCAUCCCUUUGUCUGAGCCCGGGCACAGGCCACCCAACCACCCACUCAGCGGGGAAAAUGAAAUCAAAUGAAAUACAAUUUACGCAGAUUAAGAUGAAAAUAAACCAAAAUACGAGCCAGCUUGGGUAGGCUGGAAAGCAAGAAAAGUCCGAGAAAAACAACACAGAGCAAGAAAUACGCAAUCCUGGGUCUGAUUUGUCACUGUUUUUAGUGCGUAAGAGUACAACGUAAAAUAAAAAGAGAACCCUUAGAUCUAAGUAA